AUGUCCUUUAUAUUGGCCACGAGCCAAAAAGGCAUGUCAUGGAUAAAGGGAAAGCAAGAGCAAAUGCAAAGAGUGAACGAGAGCGAGAUAGAGAGAGAGAAAGAAAGAGAGAGAGAGAGAGAGAGAGAGAGAGAGAGGGAGAGAGAGAGAGAGAGAGAGAGAGAGAGAGAAAGAGAGAGGGAGAGAGGGAGAGAGAGAGUGAGAGGGGAGAGAGAGGCGAACCGCGUCACACAUGGGUGA